AUGAUUAUUGUAAAGGAAAAAAUUAUAUUUGGUUUAUAUUUAGCGCCAAAAGUUAAAUAUAAUAUCGUUCUAACUUCCGACGGUAUUCUAAAAGAAAAGAAAACGUUUAAGGGUUACUCUAAAGAUAAGAUAUCCGUAGAAGAUUAUAUUCGAUUAGCUAGUGGACACGAUGUAACGAAUGAAUAUAAGAAACCUUGGGUAAAAAGUUUCACCAAUGGAGUAGUUAUUCCAAAGGCUGAUGAUAAACAAAAGAAAGUUUUUAGAAGUUAUCUAAAUCUCGUUAAGAGAAAAGCACCAAACAGUGAAGGAUUCAUGUAUCCUUACAACGACGGAAAAGAAUUGAACAUAGAUGAAAACUACGAAUUUGAUAAUUUCGAUUACCUUACUAUUCAAGAAGAGAAUGAAGAGUGUUAA